GGUUCUCCAAACAAUAUUCUCCCAAAAAUGACUUCAACUGCCGAUAAAGUCCGCGGAGCCUGCAACUGCGGCGCAAUCAACGUAGCCAUCGAAUCCUCCUCCUUCCCCAAAAUCGGAGGACUCUGCCACUGUCUCAAUUGCCAAGCCUCAUGCGGUUCACUCUUCUCCUACAACCUCCCCACCCCAAUCGCCGCAAUCUCCAUCACAGGAACCCCCAAGAUCUUCACCGAGACAACGAAUAAGGGAACCACUGCACAUAGACACUUUUGCGGGGACUGCGGAUCACCUAUCAUGACGACCGUUGUCGAGAAACCAGAAACUGCGUAUGUGAAGGGGGGUUUAUUCCGUAAGUCUGGGGUUGAGCUGCCGAAGCCGGCGGCGCAGAUUUAUAUGCUGAGGGCCGGGGAGUGGGAGGUGCCGCUUGAGGGGGUGCAUUCCGCCGAUCUUGAUCUCGAGUAAAGAGACAAGUGAAUGAAGGUUUGUCAUUUAGGAAGUCAAUAUAUCGUUUCUUUGAU